AUGGAUGUGGUCGACGAAAUUUCUAAUUUAUUGCAGACUUAUGGCAAUCGCGAUAAAGUGGUAUCUCUUACUAGCUACAUACUAAAGCUAUGGGGCGCGACUUCAAAGCGACAAAACCUCCUGACAGCGAGUGCAAAGCUUGCGAGCGCGCGAGCUGCUCUAAGGCUUUUCGAUGAUGCUGCUGUGCUGAAAAACUUUAUCAAUUAUGGACUUGGAAAACAGGAUGGUCCGUUUUGGGGUUCUCUGGGCGUAUCAAAUGGUCUGUUCACGCUCGCAUACUUGCAGGCUGAGAAACUAGUAUUUUUACUUGACUCAGGGGUAUUAGUACUGGAUGAAGAAAAAGCGUACAAAGUUAGGACCGCGCAUAAGCUAUUCUGGUCGUUAUAUGCGUUCAUUGGAUUUAUCAGGUCCAUUAGAGCUUUACAAAUAUCUGCUCGAGAAUUAAAAAGACCAAAUAAGCCAAAAUGCGCCCAGGCUAGGUUCACCCAAGCCUCGUUGACCACUACGAAGCUCCUACUGGACGUUAUUCACGCAGUAAGCUGGCUGCCUCGAGGUUGGUUGUGGGGCGGAUCACUGCAGACGACCCAAGCUGCAGGCAUAGCGACUUUGUCUGCUGUACUGGGUUUAGUUAUACAUUAUAACGGGAAACGACUGUUGCCACGAUAG